UUUGUGAAUUCAAAAUGGCGACUGUUGGGUCUGGAUCAGAUGAAUGUAUCAACUUUAAAUGUUGUUUAUGUGAAAAGAAAAAUAUAACAAAGGAGGCAGACACUUAUUGUGUAGAAUGUCAGGAUUAUUUUUGUUCACCAUGUACAGACUUGCACAAACUGUUUCCUUCUGCUGUGGGCGUACAUCAGUUUAUAGACAAGUCAAGUUUCAACACAGCUGACUUACAGAAAUCAUUGCCAAGUUUUCCAGUUGAACGAUGUGAAACUCAUAAAAUCAAGUUACUGGAUAUGUAUUGUGCAGACCACGAUUAUAUUGCUUGUGCGACCUGCAUAGCUAUAAAACAUAGAACAUGUCAAAAUAUACACUCGGUACCAGAUGAAAUUGAUGCCUUGUAUCAGAAGACUGAGGUUGAGGAUAUACAACAAAAGCUGCUUCGUAUUAAAACUAAAAUGGAAGACACAGAAAAAGCAAAGAAACUUCUUAUCAAAGAGCUUAAUGUCCAGAAGGAGAAGGCAGCAGAGUCAAUCAGACAAUUCAGAAAAGAAAUGGAAGAAAUACUGGACACACUUGAAAUGGCGACAAUAAAAACCCUAGAGGAAAAGUACAAAAAUGCCAUAGAGAAAUUAGAAAACGACAUCAACAAACUACAGAAACAUAUUAAUGAAAUCAAACGCUCGUCAGAAAAUCUAACAAAGUCAUUUGGGAAUAAAGCACAAGAGUUUGUCACUGUAAAAACCUCUCGGAAACAAAUCAUGGAAGCUAAUAAAGCAGAAGCAUUGACAAAUACAUCUGAUGUUAAACUUGAAUUCAAUGAUGAUUCGACAAUGAUAAAUGCUUUUAAAGACUUCCAAACAUUUGGAUUUGUGUCAGUGAGUGAAUCUGUAAAUAUGAGAGACAAACUGUAUGAUGUAAAAAGCAAGAAACUGGUUAACAUCAAACUUGAAAAUAAUAGGAAGACAAGCAGUGUUUACAGUUCAUGCUUCACAGAUGAUGGACUACUAUUUCUAGCUGACUAUAACAACAAAGCAUUAAAACUUAUUGAUUUGUCCUCGGAAUCCAUAAAAGAUUGUCUAGAUCUUUAUGCAUCUCCAUUAAGUAUUUGUCAAGUAAAUAAAAACGACUUUGCAGUUAGUUUGAACAAUAAAACCAUUCAAUUUGUUUCAAAGGGAAACAAACUGAACGCCAUCAAACAACUAAAGAUAGAUCAUUACUGCCACGGACUUGCCUGCAGAGACGAUAAAUUGUUUAUCUCUGAUCAAAGUACCUCAGUUUACAUUUAUGAUAUGAAUGGCAGCAUGAUACGUAAAAUCACAUCUGAUAAACAAGGCAAUGCAAUUUUCAGACAUAACAGACAUGUCAGUGUCAGCAGUGAUGGCAAGAUGAUUUAUGUGGCUGAUAGUACAAAAGGUCUGAUUGUCCUUGACCUUGAGGGAAAUUACAAGACAACAAUUACUGAUCCUGAUUUUGUAAAUCUAUGGGGAGUUUGUACCGACAAACGAGGAAAAAUAUUUGUGUGUGGAUGGGGUCAGUCAAAAAUUGUUCAGAUCAAUGAGAGUUCUGGUGCAAAAAUGGGUGUUCUAGGAGAUGUUUGUAAUAGUAGGUCUGCUAGCUUUAAUUCACAACAUAACAGACUGGUUGUAACCAUUGAUUACAGUGAUAAAAUAGAGGUGUAUGACUUAGCAUGAGUCAAAUAAACUUAAAUCAAAAUGAUGUCAAACGUAAACCCUAUUACUUAUUAAAGGCCCAUUACGCCUAAAAAUGCCGACAUAUUUUUUAGAAAUAUUAUUUUAUAUUUUUGGUGUCCUGUCACAAUUUUCAGUUACUCAUUUGCCAUAUAGCUGAACCAUCUUUUGAUGUAUUUUGCAUUUAAGCUGUAAGUUCGUUUAUACAUAUAAAAUUAUAGUGAUUAAAUGUUUUAUAUGGAAGUCAAAAUAUCACUAAAUUGUUUUUAUUUCGCUACCUUAGUCACAAAUUAUUUCAGAGCUAUAUUCUUCAUUUGAUAACGAUCUUACAUUUUCAAAUGCAUUAUUUCUGGGGCUAAAUGUGCUUUUUAAAGUUUUGUGCAAUUUGCGCUUAUUUCAUUUACAAAUAUUUUACAUCAAAGAAGUAUUCAAAUUCUUAUAAUGAAAAGAUUUCUAGAGCUAUAUAGAUUCAUUAAUAUUAGUUAUUACUGUUAUUUUAGUUCUAAUUGAAAGGAUAAUGCACUUUCCAUCAUCAAAGAAUUUUACAUUAUUUUAUAAAUAAUAGUAAUAACAUGUUAUCUUGUUGUUUCAGUGUGCAUAUAUAAUGGGGAUUUGAUGACAUUGUGUAUAUUUUGUAGGUUUUCUUUUGUGUUAUAUAAUCAUAUAUCAUCAGGUGUUUGUUCAUACUGAAAGUAUGCUUUGAUUCAGAUAGUCUUAUUAAAAAAUCUCUAAAUGUUUAGCUUAGAUGCAUUAUAAAACUGUUAAAUAUCAGGAGGGGAGUGUGUCUGUACAAGCUUCAUUUUGUUUCUUGUAUUAAAAUAGUAAAUUGGUGAGACAAUCUGUAAAAGAAACAUUUGAAUGCUUAAAUAAAAUAUAUACAUUUGAUUACCAAAUUGUCAGAGUUGUAAAUAAAGCGUUGUUUAAAAUUAAGAUGUGACUGAUAGUGACAUGGUGAGCUUUUGUGAUCACUUUUCGUCCGCCGUCCGUCCGUCCGUCCGGCGUCCGUAAACUUUUACUUUAACCCAUUACUUCAUAUACACGCCUUUUAACGCCUUUUUCACCCCCCCCCCUUUUAUGUUGUCUCAAAUGAUGAAAAAAUGCCUUAAUUAGGCCCCAAACACUUGUUUUUGUUUGAGAAAUGUUGUUAAAAAAGUGACCUCUUUUUCGGCGCGGCCCCCCAACCAAAAGAUACAUCAGGGGGUUGCCAGAAGGGGGAUGUACCCCCUUCUGUUUGGGGGGUUUGAAGGGGGGCGGAGUCCCCCUCAUCGCCAAGAAAAUUUUGGACUUGUGAGAGGCUGUAAAUGACCCCAGAUUAAUCAUAAGGUAACGUGUAACCAACGCUGAAAAGCAUUUGACUCUAUCUCAAUCCAUUGAGAAGUUGCAGCACUUUGAAAUCAAUUUUGAUGGAAAAAAUCAACGCAAAAUAGUGAUUUUUGGCAAUUUUGAGAUGUCCCUUCGUUGCCAUGGUAACAGAAAAUUUAAGUCUGAGCAUGUUGUUGCAAGGGCAAUGGUCCAGUCAACAUUUUAGCCAAGUUUGAUUAGUGUUGAAGCAGUUUUUAUAGUAUUAUAGCAAUUUGAACUUGUAACGGGAGACUUUUCAAUGAAAACAGCCAUUUUUCACAAAAUGCUCAUGAAGUAAUGGGUUAAACGACAUCUCCUCAUAAACUGCUAGGCCAAUUUCAUCCAAAUUUCACAGGAAUGGUCCUUUGGUGGUCACCUUUAAAAAUGAUUAAAGAAUUUAAUUCCAUGCAGAACUCUGGUUGCCAUGGCAACCGAAAGAAUAAACUUAAAAUAUCUUCUCUGUUAAAAAACCCAAAGAGGUAGAGCUUAGAUAUUUGACAUGAAACAUCUUCUAGUGAGUGUCUAUCAAGUGUGUUCAAAUAAAGCCCUGGGGUCAAAAUUGGCCCCGCCCCAGGGGGUCAUUGAUUUUCCUUAUAUGUAUAUAGUAAAACCUUAAAAGAUCAAAUUUUCUUUUAAAAAUCUGAAAGAGCUAAAGCUUAGAUAUUUGGCGUGAAACAUUGUUUUAUGAGUGUCUACCAAGUUUGUUCAAAUAAAGGCCCUGGGGUCAAAAUUGGCCAUUCCCCGGGGGGUCAUUGAUUUUCCUUAUAUGUACAUGUAUAUAGUAAAACCUUAAAAAAUCUUCUUUUAAAAAACCCAAAGAGGUAGAGCUUAAAUAUUUGGCAUUAAACAUUAUCUGAUUAGUGUCUACCAAGUUUGUUCAAAUAAAAGCCCCGGGGUCAAAAUUGGACCCGCCCCGGGGUACUGAUUUUCCUUCUAUGUAUGUAGUAAAAACUUAAAAAUCUUCUUUUAAAAAACCAAAAGAGCUAGAGCUUAAAUAUUUGGCAUGAAACAUCCUCUAGUGAGUGUCUAUCAAGUUUGUUCAAAUAAAAUUCCUGGGGUCAAAAUUAGCCGGGGGGGGUCAUUGAUUUUCCUUCUAUGUAUAUAGUAAAAACUUAAAAAAAUCUUCUUUUAAAUAACCCAUAGAGCUAGAGCUUAGAUAUUAAACAUGUAACAUAUUCUAGUGUCUACCAAAUUUGUUCAAAUAAAAGCCCCAGGGUUGAAUUGGCCCUGCCCGGGGUUCUGAUUUUCCUUAUAUGUCUAUAGUAAAAACUUAAAAAAUCUUCUUAAGCUUAGAUAUUUAUCAUGAAACAUAUUCUAAUGGGUGCCUACCAAGUUGGUUAAAAAAAGCCCCUGGGUUAAAAUUAGACCGCCUCAAUGGCCUAUAUACAGGUGAGCGAUUUCAGGGCCAUUAUGGCCCUCUUGUUUAAUAAAUCAGCGCACAAUUUUGUUUGAAUGGAUUCAAAUUGUAUAUCGACAUUUUUAAUUUAGACACAUUGACAAGUUUUUCGUAGUUAUAUGUAGAUGUGUUUCAUUAAUGGCUUUAAUAAGAGAUCUGAAACAUAUCUAGCUCUUGUUUAACUUAAAGUCGAUCUUUUUAUCAAGAAAACAUGUGUCGGCCAUAACAGGAAUUACAUGUACACGUGAUUGAAUUAGUGUGGCCUAUUGCAAUGAAGUUAAAAUGAAUGUUCAUACUCUAAAUGUUUUGUUUCCAUUCCAAAAAUAUUCAUUAUUAAUCUAUAUCUUACUUAUAAAGUAUACAGUAAAUGCAUAUUCUUUCACAACUGUAUGGUUCCUUGUUUGUUUAUUGUCAUGAAACUAUUGUUAACGUAAAUGAGAUAUUCUGGUUUUGUUUGUUUAUUGUCAAGCAAUUAUAUAUGUGAAUAAAAUGCAUUAUAGA